AUGGGACAUUGUUGCAGCAAGAACGUAUCGGUGGCCGACAACGAACCCACCGGCCGCCAACAGUCAAAACAUUCGCCAGUCGCCCCGGUGUCACCGAGCCCCAGAACCGGCGAUGUUCACUCCGGCAAAGAAACUCCGGCGAACUCUUUCUCGGCGAGUCCGCUGCAGAGCCCACUACCUGCCGGAAUAGCGCCGUCUCCGGCGAGGACGCCGGGAAGGAAAUUCCGGUGGCCCUUGCCUCCACCGUCACCGGCGAAGCCGAUUAUGGCGGCACUUCGAAGGCGACAGGGGCGUGAGGCGAAGCCAAAGGACGGGCCGAUACCGGAGGAGCAUCAAGGAAACCAAGUUGAGGCUGAUAGAGCACUAGACAAAAGCUUCGGGUAUGGGAAGAACUUUGGGGCAAAGUUUGAGCUGGGGAAGGAGGUGGGUCGAGGGCAUUUUGGUCACACUUGCUGGGCCAAGGGCAAGAAGGGAGAGCUCAAGGGACAGCCUGUUGCGGUCAAGAUCAUAGCCAAAGCGAAGAUGACAACAGCAAUAGCUAUUGAAGAUGUUCGUAGAGAGGUGAAAAUACUGAAAGCAUUAUCUGGACAUAAGAAUCUGGUCAGAUUUUACGAUGCAUUUGAGGAUGCCAAUAAUGUCUACAUAGUCAUGGAGUUGUGUGAAGGUGGAGAACUACUGGAUAAAAUUUUGUCAAGGGGUGGAAGAUAUACAGAAGGAGAUGCUAAGACUAUUGUUGUGCAAAUUUUAAGUGUAACAGCCUUCUGUCAUCUUCAAGGUGUUGUGCACCGUGAUCUAAAGCCAGAGAACUUUCUUUUUACCACAAGAAAUGAGGAUGCUCCAAUGAAGGUUAUUGAUUUUGGUCUCUCAGAUUUUAUUAGGCCCGAUCAACGCCUCAAUGAUAUUGUUGGAAGUGCAUACUAUGUUGCACCUGAAGUGUUACAUAGAUCUUACAGUCUUGAAGCUGAUAUGUGGAGUAUUGGUGUCAUAACGUAUAUACUGCUUUGUGGAAGUAGACCUUUCUGGGCACGAACUGAAUCAGGAAUAUUUCGUUCAGUGCUAAGAGCUGAUCCUAACUUUAAUGAUACACCUUGGCCUGCAGUGUCCUCGGAAGCCAAAGAUUUUCUGAAAAGGCUUUUGAACAAGGACCACAGAAAAAGAAUGACUGCCGCCCAAGCUUUAACUCACCCAUGGUUACGGGAUGAAAAACAUGAUGUGCCUUUAGAUAUAUUAAUCUACAAGUUGGUUAAGUCAUAUGUUCGUGCCACACCUUUCAAGCGUGCAGCACUAAAGGCUCUUUCCAAGGCUAUAACAGAAGACGAGCUCUACUAUCUUAGGGCUCAAUUUAGGCUCUUGGAUCCUAAACAUGGAUAUGUGUCCCUUGAUAAUUUCAGAACGGCCCUCAUGAGAAAUUCAACUGAUGCCAUGAAGGAGUCAAGGGUUCAUGACAUUAUAAAUGUGAUGGAACCACUCUCACACAAGAAAUUGGACUUCGAAGAGUUUUGCGUUGCUGCAAUAAAUACGUAUCAGCUAGAAGCUCAUGAAGGAUGGGAGAAGAUUGCAAGUACGGCUUUUGAGUAUUUUGAAAAUGAAGGAAACCGGGUCAUCUCUGUGGAGGAGUUGGCACAGGAAAUGAAUCUGGGGCCUACCUCUUACCCUUUACUCAAUGACUGGAUCCGAACUUCGGAUGGAAAACUUACCUUCCUUGGAUACACCAAAUUUUUGCAUGGUGUAACAGUACGUAGUUCCAAUACUAGACAGCGGUAA